AUGGGUUCCGACGCACCUUCCGAUCCUCUCUGGACCACUCAGUCAGUGUUGUCCACACUACCUCACCCUCCCGAAGAAAACUCCGCCUCCCCAAUACCAUUUUUCCACCUCCUCGAACGUCUAAAGACCACCAAGCGCGAAGGCUGGCGUCGCUUUGGUAUCAGCACCGGCGAAUCGAUUUCUGACCACAUGUACCGCAUGUCAAUCAUGACCAUGCUUGCACCUCCUACACUUGCCUCCCGCCUUAACCUGCCCCACUGCAUGAAGAUGGCGCUUAUCCAUGACAUGGCCGAGUCGAUUGUGGGUGACAUCACCCCUGUGGACAAGGUCAACAAGACCGAAAAGGCGCGCCGCGAGGCCGAAGUGAUGGACUACAUUGCGAAGAACCUGCUUGGCGGUGUACCUGGAGGCAUGUUGACGGGCGAGGAGAUUCUGAAGGUCUUCAACGAAUACGAAGCGAACGAAACUCUUGAGGCGCAAUUUGUGCACGACGUCGAUAAGAUGGAGCUAUUGCUGCAGAUGCUCGAGUACGAGCGCACCCACAAGGUUGACCUCUCGGAGUUCUGUCACGUUGCCGGUCGUAUCCAGCUGGACGAGGUCAAGGAAUGGGCGGCCGCUGUUCUCAAGGAGCGGGAGGCUUUCUGGAAAGGAAUGGCCGCGAACACGAAUGGUACAGCAUAG